UCACUCAUUUUCCCGUUAUAUAGAACUCAUAAAUCAUGUUUUUUGUUACAUCAUUAAACAUAAACAAUGAUAAGCAACAAUAAAUACGCAUUGUAUUGAUUUAGUGACAACAAUGGAUCUGGCAACAGCUGUAGAUUUAGGCAGCUGUCAUAUUGCACUUUGACCGCCACUUGUCUGCUGGGUGUUGAGUUUUAACUGGUUAUAACUCUGCAAGAACACAUGUGAAUGCAAGAUCAUGACGGAAGAGGCUCUUGAUGUGAUGGUGGUUGGCUCCUGUAUGACUGACUUGGUGAGCCAGGCACCAAGGCUACCCAAAGCUGGAGAAACCAUCCAUGGUCACAAGUUCUUCAUUGGCUUCGGAGGCAAAGGGGCCAACCAGUGCAUUCAGGCGGCAAGACUGGGGGCCAAAACCGCCAUGGUCUGCAAGGUUGGUAAAGACUUCUUUGGAGACAAUUACAUUCAGAAUUUCAAAGACAAUGGCGUACACACAGACUUUGUAGGCCGGACCUCUGACGCAGCCACAGGAGCUGCCUCCAUCGUUGUCAACGAUGCAGGCGAAAACGCCAUCGUGAUCGUGGCCGGCGCCAACAUGCUGCUGGGUGGCGAGGAGCUGCGGGGAGCUCUUCCCGCCUUGAGUCAGGCAAAAGUUCUGGUGUGCCAGCUGGAGAUCAGCCCGCAGACGUCCCUACAGGCGCUACGCAUGGCGCAGGAGAACAAAGUGAAGACAAUAUUCAACCCAGCACCGGCCAUUACGGACUUGGAUGCGGAUUUCUACAAAGCCUCUGAUGUGUUUUGCUGUAAUGAGUCUGAGGCUGAGCUGCUGACUGGCUCCUCCGUAGCUAAUGUGGAGGAAGCACAUCAAGCCGGCCAGGAGCUGCUGGAGCGCGGCUGUGGGUCAGUCAUCAUCACUUUGGGGCCCCAAGGCUGUGUGGUUGUCAAGGCACAGGGGUCUACCUCCAAACAUGUUCAAACUCCCGCAGUCGCAACUGUGGAUACUACGGGCGCUGGAGACAGCUUCAUUGGCGCGCUGGCAUUUUACACGGCUCAUUAUCCCACAAUGCCUCUGGAGGAGAUGGCCCGCAGAGCCAAUCAGGUGGCGGGAGUGAGUGUGCAGGCUGUUGGCACGCAGACGUCUUACCCCUUCAAAAAGGACCUACCAGCUGAACUGUUCUGAGAGCAGCUAAUCAGCAACUAGACACUAGCAUUAAUGGACCCAAUCUGAAAAGGCUCUCGUUGACCCUGUGAUCUCAACUGUCAUAUGAAAUGAGCUCCUUUUGAGCAAUGUGAGAGGGAACAAUACUAUGAACGUGCUGAGGAUUGUUUAUGAUGUAAUCAAUGCUAUUUUAAUAUAAAGCUGACUUUACUUUGACUGUUAAUAUAACAUACAUUAAUUGGUGGCUAUGAGGUGACAAGCCUGCUUACAAUACACACAUACACACACUCAAUUGUUUUUAACUGUUUAAUAAUUGACAAAGAUCCUUAAAAUGUGCACAAUCAUAUUUCACAAAUGGUUUCAGUUGAAAUAUAAAGCUGCAAAACACUUGACUGAAUUGUAAUAAAUGACAUGCUCAGCUCCAAAAACAUUACUUUCAUAUUGAUUUUCUUGAAGCUCAGCCGCAUCAUGCUGAUCCAGUGCAGUAAAGGCCCUCUUUUUGCAGAGCGACUGCAGAAAUCCUUUGACAGCGCGUCGACCAGCCAAAGCGAAAUGUUGACUGAGGAAACAGCUUGUAUAAUCCAUGAAAAUAAAAAACAAAAAGUCUUUUGAA